GAAACCACUUGAUGCUCCAUGAGAGAAAUUGUAUUUAGACCCACUCCAUCUCUCAUCCACUUCAUCUCUAACUUCUCGUACAUUGCUCGACUAGCAUUUUUUUCCUUGUCUAUUGCGAGACAAGAUAUGAAGAAAAUCGUGGUGAGGGUGGAUGUGCCCGAUGACAAGGAGAAGGCAAAGGCAAUGCAAAAAGUCUCUACUCUUCAAGGGAUCGAGUCCAUUUCCGUUGACAUGAAAGAUAGGAAGAUGACCGUGAUCGGAGAUGUUGAUGCCAUUGAUGUUGUGGGCAAGUUGAGAAAAGGGUGGCCGACCGAGAUAGUCACGGUAGGACCAAAAGAAGAACCGAAGGAUGAGGAAACAAAGAAGAAAGAAGAGGAGAAAAAGAAGAAAGAAGAAGAGGAGAAGCGAAAAGAGACUGAAAAGAUGAUCAAACAAAUCCUUUCGGAAAACUAUUGUAACCCGUGCAUGCCUCCUCAACAUAAGAAUUGUUAUCCUUACGUGCCCAUCGAAUACUGUGAUGAAAUUGCGGAAGCGAAUCCAAACGCUUGUGUGGUCAUGUAAGUUAUGUUUAGUCAAAAAGAUAUCCAAAUAAAACAAAUCAACUAUGGAUGGAUUAAUUGUUUGACAAAAUUAUUUAGGUUUUGAUUUGUGACAACAACCUCUUGUAGUUGUUGAAUUGAUAAACAUGCCACUUGAAUGAAUGUCAACUGUUAAUCAUUAGAGGAUGGUUAGGUUUAGAAGUUGGAGAAGAAACAAAGAAGAAAUUAAGGCAUGACAAG